AUGGAUAAAAAUUCUACGAGUGAUGAUGCUAUCUCAGUUGAGAAUUCAUCUGCUGCACAACAUCCUCAUGUUGACAAUGAGCAAUGUGAAAACUCAACGCAAAAUGAAUUUAAUUUAGCAGAAUGUGCCACUGCUACUAAUGCAACAAAGAAGUCAUCAAUGACUCCGACACCUUUAGAAUUUUCGCCUUGGUCGCAACAUCGAUCUUCAAUUGCUGCAGGUGCAUUUGCUGCAUUCACAAUUAUAGCAAUGAGUGUUGGUAUAUUGACUGUUUGUUUCACUUCACCAAAAGCUACUGGUAUGUUCUUUUUUAUUACUAUGUCAGCCACUUUCUAUAGAUAAAAUAAGAUUACAUGGAGAAUAUAUAAUCAAAAUCUCAAAAUAACACGUACGAGCGUUUCUGAUGGAAUACGUCGAUCGAAGCCAUAGUUUUGUAAUUGUAAGAAAAAAAAAAGUUCAACUAAAUAAUUGCGCAUGUGUCACACAAAAAUUAUCGAUCACUAUUCGUUGCUCUUAUCAUCGAACCACUGACAUCUACAUUUACAACGAAGAUCAUCACCUAGUGCAUCAUCUAUCUCUUCCUCUUCGCUUGUAUAUUGUACUAUUCGUGUAUGAUUACUUGACCAGUAGAUUUACAUCUCUUUCUCUAUCCUCAUAGUUUUGUCUAUUUUUAUAUUCUAUUUCUUAAUAUAAUCAUUAAUUCAAAAUACUAAUAGAACCUCUGAAAGUAUUACUUAACACAAUAAAUUUGAUAACCGUUUGAGCAUGUAAAAAUAUGAAACUUUCAUCUUUUAUAUCAAACUUUUAGCAAAGUAAAUGCUAGAAAAAGAGAUUAUAAAAUGUGGAAGCGAUUACAUUUAAUCAUGCAGUUUGGCGCAGUCUUACACUUUUCAGUCAUAUUGUAUUCGUUGAUGUUCGUCUUUGUUCUCAAAGAUGACGCACUUUUUGAACAAAUUCUAGAGUAAAUCGAAGAAAGGAAAUAGAAAAUUAACUUGCAUGAUAUAGUCGCAUAUAUCUAGCUCUAUCUGAAUUUCAAGAAACUAAGUAGAAUUCUAAUGAAAGAUGAUUGAUUUUGAGUUGCGUACAAAUACAGUAAUACGACAAUUUCUGACAGCAUACUAUAAAACUUGUAAGGAUCCAAUACGAUCAAACAGUGAUAGUCGCACUUGAGCAACCAAUCAGUCAUCACACUGCUUUUCAUCUGUUGUUUAGUUCAAAAAUGUGGGCUCAAAUUCAAAUCAACGGCUCAAAAACCAGUUGAAUACAAGUAUGGUCCACGAUCUGUUGCCGCUGGUGAUUUCGACAAUGACACAUGUUUGGA